ACGCGCCGCCGAACGCAACAACAAACGUCGUCGCCGGGAGAGUCGCGCGCAGGCGCACCGUUCGCAAAACGCUCAUACAACUGUACGGCCCCCGUACGGCGGUGUCGGUGUGCAGCAGCGGUGGUGUUGUUGUGUUUUGAACCGUUCGCGCGACACAUGUUUUUUUUUUAUUUUUCCUCGGUCAGAAAUGUGGUGUAGAUAGCACGAUAAUAAUAAUAAUAAUAAAUCCUAACAAGAAUCGGUCGUGUUGUUUCUCCUUCUUCGCUCGCUCGCUCGCCGUCGAUCUCUCCGCCGUCCCUCGUGUCCUGCUCUCCCACUCUCGCGCGCACCGACCGACCGGGCCGUGUUCCUCCGUUUAAUUUGUUAUUCCUUUUUUCGCUAAUUAUUCCGAUUAUUGUUGUUAUUAUUCACGUUCGCGCGCUCCGCUCGUCGCCGACGACCGUUUUCUUCCGACAGCAGCAGCCGCCGCCGCCGCACCAGCGACACAGAGCAGCAGCCCGUCCGCCCGCCCGCACGCCGCCGGUCGACCGACACACGCCGCCCGCUCAGCGAACACGACCGCGCGCGAGUUUUUAGUGGUGUAGCGUAGUAGUUUUUUCGUUUUUUUCUCGCCGUCGAAUUUUUUUUUUUCCCCUUCGAUUUCUCCUCGCUCCGACGGACGGAGCCCGUCCGUCCGCUCGCUCGUGGUGUGCGCGCGCGUGUGUGUGUGUGUCGUGAUCUGCAGGCUCCUCCGUUCGCGGUAAUUUACAGUAAUAAUAAUUGUCGUCCGCGUGCGUGCGUGUGCCCUCAUAAUACAGUUUACGACCAACAACACUUAUUGCGCACAUGAUUAAUAAUUAUUGUCGUUAAUUGUGUAUCGUCGUUAUAGUUCAUUAUCGGUGCGUCGUUGUUACAUAACACAUAAUACAUGUAUUUUCACCAUUACAACAAUAAUAAUAAUAAUAAUAAUAACUCGUAAUAUAUGACACUCUCUCUCGUCCUGUUCCUCACACUCCGGUUUCGCCGGUCGCCAUCGACCCACGCGCUCGUCUCUCGCGUCGUCGUCGUCGUCGGCGUCGCCGUCUUCGCAGCAGUAGCGGCGUACGGCGUGGUCGCGCUUGCCAGACACUUGGAGAACGAGCGCCAAUUGGAGUUGGCCGCCCGUUCCGUCCAAACCGAGGCACCCGUCGAAGAACUUCCUCCGAUCACGAGGAGGCGGCGUCGUCCGACGUCCGAAGACUCGACCCAGACCGACGAAUUGUCGGAGACCGACACCACGUCGGAAGGUUACACGCUUUACUCUUCCGACUCUACGUCGGACGCCGACGAUCCGACGGUAUCGCCCCUCGACUGACUCGUUGGCGCGAGACCAUGUGCUAGAGUUCCUAGUCCAAACGUAACCGUCUAGUAGUGGUGCCAAACCCCGUCACCUGUCAGUUCCCCGGUACCGAUUCGCUUUUGAGAUGUCUGUCAAAGACGGUCCUAUUGUCAAAAUGGACGUAGACUGCCCGUCGGGUCUCAAGAGAUCCAACAGUGCGCCGAUGAUCAACGAUAUGAAUGCUACCAUAGCCGGAUCGCCGUGCACUACUCUGUCUAGAGAAAAUACGUGUAACGUAUUUUUACGAAAUGUACAACCACGCUUCCGUAGAUUUAGCACAAGUGGAAGUCCUCAUAAUGUAAUGCCAAAUACUUCACCAAAAUUGGUUCAUAGAGUUAAUCAACUGCGACAAGAAGAAACUGUUGAUUUGAUUAAUAGAGAAGUGGCCCAUGAAAGAGAAAUACAUUCUGCUAUGCAAAUAUCACAAUCGUGGGAAGAUUUAUCUAUCAUGAUUGAUUCACCAACAAAACCAGAUGAAGGACAAUUUGGUAAACAGCCUGGCGGAAUGUAUGGUAGAUCUAAUAUGUAUGAUCCACUGCAUUUAAAUUUUUCAAUGACUUCUGCUCCAUCAUCACCAUCGCCAACCAGAUCAUUGAGACACUGUGUUUCACCAUCACUUUUUAAACCUAAUUUAUCACCUAGUCCUACUCGUAAAACCUUCACAUCGGGUUUAUGUUUUAGACGAAGCUUGAGUCCAAUUUCAAUGCGCCCUAGCAGUUUAGGACCUGUUAAAAGGAAAUGUGAUAUGGAUGAAUAUGAACCAAUUCCAAAGAAAUGGGGAUUACUGAUUACCAAUAAUAGGCCUGAACCAAUGCAAGUGACCGGUAUUGUUCCUACAACAAUGAAUGCUACUUUAGUUACAGAUUCCAUUUGUAGUAGUAGUGGUGAUUCUUCAAACAGUAACCAUUCGUUUUCCUUUAGACCAUUGCAAUCUCUAAUGGAUGAAUCAAAAAGUAAUUCCCAAUAACUACAAUAUUUUUGCAAAAAUUAUAUUUUCACAUUUUACUGUUGGUUAUUAUAAUUUUUGUUAUUAUUAUUUCAGUAACAAUUAUUACUAUUAUUAUUUUUAUUAUUAUUUUUAUUAUUACUAUCAUUACUAUUAUUAUUAUAAUUAAAAUUAUUAUUAUUAUCAUGACUCAAUUUUACAAAAUAAGUCUAAACCAAUUUAAAAUAAUAUUGUUAUUAAAAAUUGUUUUUGACUAGUCCCGUGUACAUAAAUUAGCAUUUAAUAAUGAUUUUAACAAAAUUGCAUUAUUCUAUGGGUGUCAAUUUAGAAUUUUGUUGAAAUCAAAUUAAUAUACAAUGCUAAAAUUUUAAUUUUUUAAUAUUUUAUUUUGUAUUUUUAAAACUACCUCUAUCAUAUAUUAUUAUUCAUUAUUAUGGCUUGGUUAAUCAUAUCCUAAAAUAUGCUAAGUUAUAUAAAAAUCAUGAUUUUAUGUUACAAACAUACAUGUUGAAAUAUUGUUAUUACAAUUUUUGUUGACUAGUCCAAUGUAUAAAGAUAUCAUGUAAUUAAUGUUGAUUUUAGCAAAAUUACAUUAUGCUACUCAUGUAAAUUUGUGGUUUUGUUAAAAUCUAACUAAUAUAUAUUUUUUAGUUUUUAUUUUUAUUAUUAUUAUUAUUUUUUUUUUUUUUUACAUUUUAAACUGUCAUUAUUAUAGCUGGGGUUAAUCAUAUUCAAAAAUAUGCUAAAUUAAUCAUUAUAAAACUCAUGAUUUUAUGUUACAAACAUCUAUAGAUGAAAUACUGUUAUUAAAACUUUUUGUUGACUAGUCCAAUGUAUAAAGAUAUCAUGUAAAUAAAGUUGAUUUUAACAAAGUUACAUACAUUAUUCUACUCAUGUAAAUUUGAAAUUUUGUUGAAAUCUAACUGAUAUAUAAUGUUUAGUUUUUACUUUUUAAAACUGCCUCUAUUGUUAUUAUAGCUGGAUUAAUCAUAUCCUAAAAAUAUGCUAAGUUAAGUAUUUAAAAAAGAUAUUUUUUUUUACUUUUAAUUGGUAUAUUAUCUUUUUUGUUUUCUAAUGUUUUUUUUAUAACGAAAAAAUAUUAAUUGUUAAAGCAAGACUGAAAUACCGUAUUAAAAUUGAUAUUGUAUAUUUGUGUUUGAUCUUUAAUAUGUAUUUUGGUUAUGAAAAAUCAUUAAAACUCUAAAAAUGCAAGUACUGACUAUUAAAUUUAAAACAAAAAUUAAUAAAUUAAAAAAAAAAAAUCAUACUAUGUUGCUAGUUAGAGUUAAAUGAAACAUACUAUGUUAUUAUACGUAUGAAGGCAUACUAGUAUAUGCCUUCAAAAAUAUUUAUGGUAAUUAUGAUAGUUAUAAGCAGUCCUAUCUUGGAAUGCUAUAGCAGAGGUCAGUUUUACCCUAUAAUAUAUAUAUUAUACAUAUUACAAACAGUAAUCCAAAACAAUACUUAAUUGUGUUCCUUACUCUUUAGUUAUUAUGUUUGUUUAUGUGAAACCUAUAGUACUACAAUCAUGUCUUUUGUGCAUUGUAUUAAACAUGUACAAUCUGCAUUCUACAGUGUUCAAUGUAAGGUUAAACUAUGUAGUUAGUAUAUUUUUGAAAUUUUUUAUGUAUAAUAUAUUUGUAUGUAAACGCAGAUAAAAAAUUGAAUAUAUUAAUUUAUUAUUUUC